GCGCCAGUUUGCUGGCGAACUCGAGCGAAGUUGCGAGCGUGCUCGGGCUAGACGCCGCCGUCUAGACGCGACGCGACGCGCUCCGAACCACCUUCGGGCUUACCUAUUACUACUACUACUACUAGUAUUAAUAGUAGUCUAGUACUACAUAUUACUGAUAUUAUUAUUAUUAUUAUUAUAAUUAUUAUUAUUAUUAUUAUUAUUGAUAAUAAUAAUGUGGCGUUGAGUCCUCAAUAAAAUACGUGGGAAGACGUAAAUAUACGUAUGAAAUUGAUUAGAAAUGAUAUUUUUUAACACGUGAAUGUGUUGGUUUGAUAAGGGUAGGAUAAAGGGUGCUACCAAGGAUAUUGUAUUUGUUCAUCGAUUAAUGAGGAUUGUGGUGUGAUAUGAUCGGGGUUAUGGUCGAUGGUAUUAUGGUCGAGAAUCGACCGGAACUCGUAGUUAUUGUCGCCAUGAUCGUCGGUAAAUCGGUAUCGUCGUUCUUGUCCUGGACAAGAUCAUAGUGUGAGCGCUGUUAUGCCUCGUCGUUUGGUGAAUCGUCGACCGGAGAAAGCAGAAGAAGCAGAAGACGAAGAAGAAGAAGAAGAAGAAGAAGAAGAAGAAGAAGAAGAAGAAGAAGAAGAAGAAGAAGAAGAAGAUAAAAAAAAGAAGAGAUAGACGGAUCAUUAAAGCGUGAUAAUUCAAAGGUGAAAGGUUAACUAAGGUGCGUGAUAAAGAAAUCGAUCGGUGAAUCACAAAGAAUCUUUCCUUUGGUUUGGUGAAGAUCGAAGAGGUACGAAACUUUGCUGUAGACGAUAUAGUAGAGAGAGAAAGAGAGAGAGAGAGAGAGAGAGAGAGAGAAAAGACAGAGACAAAAAACAACCAGAAAAAAGAAAAACAAGAACAAGAAGAAAGAAAAAAACAAAGCAAGAAAGAAAGCAAGAAAGAAAGAAAGAAAAAAAAAAAGAAGAAGUCACGGCCGCGGGGGUGGCCAAUAGUGUGAGAGUGCGAUUUAACGCUCGUUGGGAUUUUACCGCAGUAAAAGUGGGUGCACUGGGGCCCUCGGGACCGUUCGGCCGGUACGGGCCCGUCGAAGGUGGGCCUGCUGGUGCUGGUGCUGGUGCUGGUGGUGGUGGUGGAGGUGCUGGAGGUGCUGGUGGGCCUGUCGAGGGAGCGGUGGCAGGGGUGGCCGCUGUCGCGGCUGGGGAGGUGGAGGGCUACGGGAGCGCCGGUGGCGGUGGCGGUGGGCUGGGAGGGGGACCCGGGGGGGUUGGUACCCCCCGGAUAAGGCUCGGCGGCUCUUGCUGCACGCGCCUUUCCGUCACCCAGGCUUGUAGCAUAGCAGGAAGACGAGGUCUGGCGAUGCUCCUGUCAUGUGCAGGAUGCGAGAAACCGAUACUGGAUCAGUACAUGCUCAACGUUUUGGAUCGAGUAUGGCAUGCCCAGUGUGUUCGCUGUUUCGAUUGCGGAUCCGCGUUACAGGACAAGUGUUACUCCAGGGAAGCAAAACUUUUCUGCAGGGAAGACUUCUUCAAACGAUACGGAACGAAAUGCGGAGGAUGUCUUCAAGGUAUCGGACCACAGGACCUAGUGAGGAAGGCAAGGGACAAGGUUUUCCACCUGAAUUGCUUCACCUGCGUGGUCUGUCGAAAGAAGAUGAGCACUGGGGAAGAACUUUACAUUCUGGACGACAACAAAUUCGUUUGCAAGCAAGAUUACAUGUCCGGGAAAUCGAUCCCAGAUACUCAUCACGUGCAUGGUCAUCACGAAUCGUCCAACCUGUCGGCAGGAGGAGACUCACUGAUGGGUUCCGGAUCGGAAGACGAGGACGAGGACGGUAGUGCGCACCAUCAUCAUCAUGGGGGUGUCGGUGGUACUCAUCUUGGUUCACACAAUAUGGGUCCUGGUGGUCCAGGUGACCAAAAUGUUGGACAUACUGGUGAUCUACAACUUGGGGCUGAUCCUUGCAAACAAGAGGACUCUGAGGAUCAAGGUUCCCUAGAUGGUGACCCAGAAACGAGAGACAGUCAAACGGAAAACAAGAGUCCUGAUGGUGGUGCUGGUGGUGGAAGUGGAGAUGGAGGUGCGGGAUCGAAAAGACGAGGUCCCAGAACAACCAUCAAAGCUAAACAAUUGGAGAUAUUGAAGAACGCUUUCUCAUCUACACCUAAACCUACCAGGCAUAUCAGAGAACAAUUGGCCAAGGAAACUGGAUUGCCCAUGAGAGUCAUACAGGUCUGGUUUCAAAACAAGAGGAGCAAAGAGAGAAGGUUGAAGCAAUUAACGUCGAUAGGUAGAAGUCCGUAUUAUGCUGGCUCGAGAAAGAUCCGUGGGUUCCCAUUGAAUCUCAAUCCAGCUUUGGGAGGAGAGGAUGGUCCACCACCUAGUUUCGCUUAUUUCGGCGACAAAUUUGAAUUUGGUUAUGGUAGUCCUGUUACGUUUCAUCCGGAAUUUUUUGGUGCACAUCCUCCCCCACAUCCACAUGGGCCACCUUUCGCUGGACCAGGUAAUCCUGUACGUAAUCUGUUCUUGACAGGUCUAGACCCAGCCAGUUUAGCGGGUAUGGCAGCAGCAGUGGCGGUGACAGGGGAGUAUCCACCUCCGGGUGCGGGAGGUGGCCCUCCGGAAUUUCUCACAGGGCCCCCUGGGCAGGGGCCUCCUGCACCCACUGGUGGCAGCCCCGGAGAGUUCCUAGCACCUUCAGGUGGAGCGCAGGGUAAUCCUAGUGGUGGGGGAAAUGGUGGUGGACCAGGCGGCGGUGGUGGUGGGGGUGGCUUCCUCGAGCCUCACCAGAUGCAGAGUGAAGGUCUAGCCUGGUAGUACGAGUUUUAAUUUAAAAAAAAAACACACACACACGCACGCACGCACACACACACACACACACACAAAACACAACAUACACGAAAGAGAAAAAAAAUUAACAAAACAAAAAACUCGUCAUUCUCAUUUCCCUCCGAAGAAUGAUAUAAAAAGAAAAGAAAAAAAAAAAGAAGUGGAAAAAAGAAAAGAAAUAAUAGAAAUUUCGAAAGUUUCGUAUAGGAUUGGUGGUCGGCCAUAUAUUUUGAACACACAUAUGAAUUUCCUAAAGACACAUACACAUAUAUACACGUGCAGACGUACAUACAUAGAUAUUAUUUUUUUCUCGUUCAUUUUUUUAAUGAAAUUCGUGCUAAUAAAUUAAGGAGAAAAGAAAAGAGAAAAGAAAAAGAAAAAAAAGAUGAAACAUGGAAAAACUCGAACUCGAAUACGACCUACGACCUUCCACGUGUACUACUCGUUUUCUGUAUAAAAAAAAAAAAAUAUAUAUAUAUAUAUUAAUAAUAACGGAGACGAUUAUUAUUAUUAAAAAAGAAAAGCGACGACUCAUUUUGCAAAUGUUUUUUUUCUCUUUAAUAUUUCUUUCUUUAGGUCGCUCUAAACAUUAUUAAUAAUUAGUUAAUUAUUAUUAUUAUUAUUAUUACUAUUAUUAUUAUUAUUAUUAUAGUCGUCACACGUGAUAACGUAGACGUUACUAUUUUAUUAUUAUUAUUAUUAUUAUUAUUAUUAUUAUUAUUAUUAAUUAUUAAAAUUUUUAAUAUUGAUUAUAUAUGAAUUAUUUCCGAUUAAUUAUUAUUAUUACUAUUACUAUUAUUAUUAUUAUUAUUAUUAUUAGUAAUUAUUACUUUAUUAUUAUUAUUAUUAUUAUUGUGUAUAAAAAAUUCGAGACCCCCAGGCCCCGCCACUCACCCCCACCCUCACCCCCUAUCGUGUAAUAUUGUACCAUCCUUGUUGAUUAAUUUCGAAAGUUACUUUGCGGGACACCCUGUAGAUAUCCGCUGUUGUAUACACUCCAGACACACGUUCACUUUUUCACACACAUACACUUACACAUACUAUACACAAAUACACGUCCAUAUGUGAUUGUAGAAGAGUACACAUUUAAACGAACACACAUACACAUACACAAACAUACACACAUGUUGUAUGAAUUAAUUAUUACAAUUAUAAAUAUAAAUAGGAACGUGUAAUCUGUAUUUGUUAAGGCGGCGUUCGAUGUAAAUAACAUUGUCUUUCGCAUGCGAGCGGGCUAUACAUAUAUAAAAAAAAUAAAAAUUAAAAAAAAAUAAUAAAAGAAAAAAAAAUAUCAAUUCGAAUGUGGAGGGAAAUAAAGGGGGGGAAAAAGAAAAAGAAAAAGAAAAAGAAGAGAGAGAGAGAGAGAGAGAGAGAGAGAGAAAGUCAAAAUAAUGAAAAUAAUAAUAAUAAUAAAAUUAGUAGUGAGAGAGAGAGAGAGAGAGAGAGAGAGAGAGAGUGAACGAGAGAAAGAGAGAGAGAGAGAGAGAGAGAGAGAGAGAGAGAGAAAGAUGAUCGAUAUUGACGAUGAUCAUCAUGAUCAUAAUAAUGAUGAUUAUGAUGAUGAUUUCUUUAUAAAGAAAUAUUAGAGUAUAUGAUGUAUUGUAAAGGCAACGUUUUCGAGCGAGAGAGAGAGAGAGAGAGAGAGAGAGAGAGAGAGAGAGAGAGAUGCGACAUAUAUAUAUAAAAAAAAAAGAAAAAAAAAGCACAAAAAAUAAAAUGAAGGAAACAAACAUGGAGGACAGGCCGCCGCGCGAUGCGUAAUGAUUAUAAAUAUUAUUAUAAUAAACCACCUCGUAUUUCCGUAUA